UGUGUUGUAACCUUAUUAGAAUGUAUGUACUGGUCGAUUAAAUUAUUCAUCAGAAGUUUCAGACAGAGACCACGUAUCGUGGCUUCAAACGUUUCCUGUAAAUUUUAUUUCAUUUCCACGAAACCUUUUUGCAAUUUAGGUAUUUUUGGCCGAUCUGUUGGUAGGAUGGAAAAAAUAAAAAAACCACUUGUUUCAUUCGGAGUCUUGACUGAUGUUCAGUAUGCCGAUUGUGAAGAUAGGCCAGCUUCAUAUGAUCCCUCCGCAACUCGCUUCUACAGAGGUUCCCUAGCACAUGUGAAUGAAGCCUUUAAGUUCUGGAAGUCGUCGGAGUUAAAAGUAAAAUUUGUGCUGCAAUUAGGCGAUAUCAUAGAUGGUUUGAAUGUAUCGCUAAAGGGUUCACAUUCUGCAUUACAAAGGACGUUAACUCAUUUUGAGAAACAAUCCAUUCCAACAUUCCACACAGUUGGUAAUCAUGAAUUGUAUAAUUUCAACAGAAGAGAAUUAGCAGAACUAUUUUAUGAGUCCAUAAAAAAAAUUAGCAUUCCACCUGAAGUAUUUUGUCCCAUUAAACCUUUAAGAGAUGAAUCUAAUGCUUCUAAUCCUAUAUUAUAUUACAAAUUCUCCCCUACACCUAGAGUAAAAUGCAUUUCCCUCGAUUGUUUUGAUGUGAGUGUGUUAGGUUAUCCGCACAGCCAUUCCAAUUACCAAGAAGCUGCUAAAAUACUGACUGCAAAACACAAGCAUGACAUCUUCAAUGACUGGGAUUGUGACGGAAGCUUGGAAGGAUUGGAGAGUCGGUUCCAGCAGAUGAAUGGUGCGCUAAGUGAGAAACAGUUGAAGUGGCUUGGCACAGAGUUGACAGAGUCUGAUGAGCUUGGACAAAAAGUAAUUGUAUUUGGUCAUGUUAGCUUAUCUCCAGAUAGUACAGACUGGAACUGUAUAUUAUGGAACUACGAAUCUGUGAUAAAUACCUUCCAUCAGCACAAAUGUGUUAUUGCAUACUUAAGUGGUCAUAGUCAUAAAUCUGGUUAUGCAAUAGAUUCACAUCAUAUUAGUUACGUAGUCUUCAAUGGCAUAGUUGAAACACCUCCAGACACGACGUCUUUUGCAACAGUUUCCAUCUUUGAAGACUGCUUGGAAAUCCAUGGCCAUGGGUUGGAGCAGAGUUACAAUAUUCCCUUUAUGACAAAUAUUAGUACAGAAGAAAUAGUAGAAACUGAUAUAGAGACAUCACCAAGCACUGUUAAAGUAGAAGUAUAAUGUAGAAAGAAUAUUUUGCGAUUGGCUAACCGGAGGCCUUGGAUUGCUCUUACAGCCAACUUUGUUUUACGUUUUUUUUUAAAUUAACUUAUUUUGUGUAUUGAUAUUAAUUUUUCUGCGUUUAAUAUAUAAACAGUGAUGUAGUAAUUUUCCUGAGUGAACAGUGGGGUGUUGAAAUUUUCAGGAAUGUUAAAAUGCUGGAUUAAAAUUUUCGAUUUAGAAACCAAUUGGUGUGUCCUUAUGAAAAGAAAUUUCUACAUUUGAGGAAGUUUCACCCUUCUCUAGUCACAACUUAACAUUCAACCAAUCUUUUACUUGCACCAUUUCGAAAUAUAAAUUCAGGUAGCAGGUGAAUGAAGUAAUUACUGAUCCUUUCUUAUUUGGUUUAGUUAAAAAGUUUAGAUUCCCUCUACUGAAAAAAAAAUAUCCUUGUGAUUUUAAGCUUGUCAGUAAUUUUCAGAUUCAUGUUGUUGAUGAAUACUGAAUGUAAACUAGAAUGUCCAUUUCUUAGGAAAGAUUCCUGUAAAGCAUUAUAACCAUUAAUAUCUUUAACUUAACAUAUUUUAACCUGAAGAUUUUUUUAUAUUUUUGUCUGUUUCAUGCUUUUUAAAAUCACUAUCAGAAGCUAGGCUAAGAAGUUAUGUCAUACUAGUAAAUUAGUUUUAUAUAAUAUACCAGGCCUUGUCGUUUCAUUAAUAUUUUUAUCUUUCAAAAGCAUAUGAAGUUCAGCUUUAAAAAUAACAAAACAAAAACAACAAAAUGACUAAAAUAAGAAAGUGUUUUAUUUGCUGAUUUGGUUGAAAAUCAGAUUUAGCAUUGCAUUUACCAUUUUGUAAAUACUCUAAGUUAUACUCAUUAUUUUCUGUACAUAUUUCAUAUAGAAAUAGUUAUUAAUAGACACAUGGAUAUCAUUGUAUGAUGAAAUGUUUA